AUGGCCACCGGUGCACCCGAUCAUACUGCAAAAGUCGAACACAUAGCCCGAAAGCCACGUGGCCGACCCGCAGGCUCAAAAAACAAGCCCAAACCACCCAUCAUCAUCACCCAAGACAGUGCCAACACCCUUCAGGCUCAUGCCAUGGAGGUCACCACUGGGUGCGAUGUGGGUGAGAGCCUAGCCACAUUCGCUAGAAGAAAACAAUGUGGAGUUUGCGUUCUAAGUGCCGCAGGCCACGUCACCAAUGUCACUUUACGGCAACCCGCCACGUUAUCAGGAACCGGCCCGAUCGUCACGCUCCAUGGCCAUUUUGAAAUCUUAUCGCUAGUUGGCUCAGUUCUGCCACCACCGGCCCCGCCUGGUGUCUCAGGCUUAGACAUAUAUCUAGCUGGCCCGCAGGGCCAAGUUGUAGGUGGAGCCAUCACUGGCCCGCUUAUUGCAAGUGGGCCGGUUAUCAUCAUGGCCGCCACUUUUAUGAAUGCAACUUUUGACAGGUUGCCAAUUGAGAAAGAUGAACCACCACUGGCUAUCAGUCCAAUAGCAGCACGCAAUCAACACAUGAUUAGUGUUUCGGAUAUAUGCGGGAUCCCACAAAACUUGCUUUCAAACACGAAUGAGAUGUACACUUGGGCUACAACUCGACCACUGUCGAAAACUUAA